AUGUCGUUCCUAAACAAUCUGAAAAAGGUGUUCCACCUUGGCAGCGGGGAGGCGAAGAAGAAACGUAUCUUCAACAACAUCCGGAUGGACACGGAUCCAAACGAUUUCUGGGAGAUGAUUGGCGAGCUGGGGGAUGGAGCGUUCGGCAAGGUGUACAAGGCGCAGAGCAAAGAAACGAAGCAGCUGGCCGCGGCCAAGAUGUGCACGCUCGAGGAUGAGGAAAACCUAAGCGAUCACAUGGUGGAGAUUGACAUCCUCUCGGAAAUUAAGCACCCGAACAUCGUCGGACUGUACGAGGCGUUCUCCAUCGACGAUAAGCUUUGGAUGCUGAUAGAAUAUUGUGAUGGCGGUGCCUUAGAUAGUAUUAUGGUGGAGCUCGAGAAACCACUGACCGAGGCGCAGAUCGCUUACGUGUGCAAGCACAUGUGCGCCGGACUGAACCAUUUACACAAAAACAAGGUGAUACAUCGCGACUUGAAGGCCGGCAAUGUGCUGCUGACGAUGGACGGUGGCGUUAAGCUAGCUGACUUCGGUGUGUCGGCCAAAAAUAAGCACACGAUGCAGAAGCACGACACGUUCAUCGGCACCCCGUACUGGAUGGCACCGGAGCUGGUGCUGUGCGAAACGUUUCGCGACAAUCCGUACGACUUUAAGGUCGACAUCUGGUCGCUCGGUAUUACGCUGAUCGAGUUCGCGCAGAUGGAACCACCGAACAGCGAGAUGUCACCGAUGCGGGUGCUGCUCAAGAUACAGAAGAGUGAACCACCGAAGCUGGACCAGCCGUCGAAGUGGACGAAACACUUUAACGACUUUCUGGCCCGAACCCUGGUGAAGGAUCCUCAGCAGAGGCCAUCGACGGAUGUACUUAUAGGGCUACCGUUUAUCAGCGGCAACCUGGACUCGAAACCUAUCAAAGACCUGCUACUGGAGUACAAAGCGGACGUCGUUGAAGAGGAGCUGGUUGAUGAGGAGGCAGAGGAACCCCGCAACUCUGCCCUUCCGCUCGACUUGGACGAUGACUCGUCGUCGCUGCAAAGCCAAGAAACUGAUAAACUUCCAGACACACCAACGUCCCUUUCGAAAUCGUCCCGGGAUUCGAAGGAAUCCACUCCUGUUCCCGCUAGCGAAGAGGAUCCCACCAAAUCGGCCAAGAGCGGGCUGACACCGGUGGCCGCCCCGGUACCGCCCCAGGACCUCCAGCCAGCAGCAGCCGCUACCACGGUCCCGGGAGUUGUAGGUGACUUUAAGAAGCCCCACGCACCCGACGAUGAGCUGCCACCGCCGUCACGGCAGCUCACUAAUCGUGGCAACAGCUCGCCGCCUCAAACGGCCUCAGUAAACAUACCCACACCGGUGCUGCCUGUUGCACACAGCACGACGAACGACGAGCAGCAGCCGGUGGAUGAGUCGGUCACUGCGCUGCCCACCGGCACUAGUGGCGAGCGGAAGUCUUCGGUUGGCGCCGGAGGAGUCAGUGGUGGCGUCCGGAAAGGUCCCGCUCCUCCACCGCCACAUACACCUACAUCACCAACAGCGAAGCAUCAACCGGCGGCGGCAUCAACCCAACCAGCACCGCCAACGGUGUUGCCGGUACUAGGUGGUGUUAGGGGUGCUUCCUCAGACAUUCCUAAGGGAAUGACAGGAGGACCCCUCACGCCACCGGAAACACCACAAACGCCACCUUCGGAAAGUGAAGCUACCGGUAGAGGCAAGGAUCGCCCCGAUGCGUCCGCCAACUUGAUUUCAUCGGUGGUACCAGCAUCGGUGUCGCGUGUAGACGAGCAUUCGAAGUCAUCACCGCCACGCAAGGAGCACGCCCCGCCAACACCACCUGCCAAGGAGGGUACUAAACCGUCUUCGUCGCCAAUCACUUCGUCAGCGAUGGCGAAGCACCCUCAUCCUACGAACGUUGCCAUUCCACGUGCGAUUCCACCACCAUCGUCGUCGUCGUCGCCGCUGCCGCCACCGCCGCCGUCGUCGUCAUCGUCACCGCUGCUGGUGGACGAAGAAGAAGCGGCACGCAAAGCAAUGGCCGCAGCGGGACGGCACACCCCGCAACAUCAUCAUCCGCGUCCCACAGCCCCCGGUGCAGUGAUGAAUUCUUCCUCGACCACGUCCAUCACGAUCAACGAUGCGACCGUGCUGGCCGAUCCGUCGAACAGCCUGGCAAGCAACGUGGCGCAGGUAACGGUCGUUACGAGCCACCCGCCCGUCAUUAUCGACAACUCGAUACCGGGAGCAAUCGCCGUGACCUCUUCGCCCUCUGGUACCUCUUCGUCGGCUUCGUCGACAAAAUCUUUCGGGUCGUCGCAACGUCGAUCGGCCGCAGCGCAACGGCGAACCGGCGAUGAGGUUGUGAUUGUAUCGAACGAGCUGAACAAAACGCACGUCAACGAGUCGUCCACCGACGACGACUUCCAGUCGCUCGACAGUCUCGAGAAUACGGUCGCUUCACCCCGCUACCGCAAGCCACAAUCGAUACCCGCCGGAGGCAACGGGGGAACUCCUGCGAUUGCACGGAAGCUGGACGAAAGCGAAGUGCUGAUCGUAAGCCCUGGGUACGUAGAGGAAACGGUGUCCCGGGCAAUGGAGGUCGUGCGCCGAAGGGGGGACGAGGAUGGCGAUGAAGAGGACGAAGUAUUCAACGGAAGCAGUAGCGGUAUUCUCAAUAGCAGCAGCAGUAGCAGCAAUAGCAAUAGCAAGUUGCUCCUACUGGACACUAGUCAUGUUUCGGUCGUAACAGUUGGUGAGGAGGAGGUGAAGGUGAAGGACUCUUCCUCUCAGCCGCACCAUCCGCAGUUGCUCAACAACCAUUUGCAUCAGCAGCAACAGCAACAGCAUAAUUACAAUGAUUCUACCAGUGACCUGUCAAAUGUAAGCUGUGGUCCAAGCGAAUCGAGCGACGAUGUGAAGGUUGACAUCGUUCUGGGCCAUCCUGCUUCCACCGGUCGACAGCAACAGCAGCAGCACCUUCAGCAACGGUCUCCGUCGGGAUCGUCGAUUUCUUUGCCCAGUCAAACGGGCAAAACGGCGGCUGGUUCAGGUAUCGUGAAUGGAAAUCGCUUCAACGGUGCCGCCGGAGAGUUCCAUCAGAGCCGCGAGGAUGUCAGCAUCAUAGUGAAUAAGCGUAAGAUAGAAAAGCAACGGAUUUCCCCAGACAGCAGUGUGGGAUCGUUCGAUGGUGCCGGUGGUUCGGUUCGCUCAGCCAGUACCCCCAUUCACGGUAUGGUUGCGGGAGGAACGGUAGUUGGUGGGGCAGCGGGUCAUCAUCAACGCACCGGAAGUGGUGCCACUUCGAAGCAGCAGCUGCAGCACGAUCGGAGCGAUGCGGAAAGUAUCGCGACCACCACUAGUCACGAUAGUCGCGAGCAGGGUGCAGCAGAGUUGCUCGAGGAAGAGGUCACACUACGACGGAAGCCACUGCCGGCUACCGGUGAGCCGGACGAUGAUAAACUAGCCCCACUGCCGUCGGUUACCGCAGGGUCGGCCAAUACUGCCGCUCAAUCAGCCGCGACAAGCGCUGCAGCCACCGGUGCUAGCGGUGGUGCCGGCACCGGCAGCGGUGGUGGCGUAGUGAAGCAGAAGGCAAACCGAACCUUCACCAAGGAGGAAUUGCAUCUGCAAAAUUUGAAGAAGAAAACGCGCAAACGAACGCGCAAGUUUGAAAUCGACGGCGUGCAGGUGACGACAACGACGAGCAAGGUGAUCUACAGCGAUGAGGACAGCAAUAAGCUGUACGACGAUCACCUCUUCCGGAAGCAGGAGUUGCGCGAGCUGAAGAUGCUGCAGAAGCAGGAAAAGAAGCAGUUCUACGAUCUGCAAGCGAAGGAAGCGAACGCCAAAGAGCAGCAGGAGAAAAAGUUCGAACAGGAGCGAGUGCAGCUUGAGCGCACGUUUGAGGCGGACAUGGACGUGCUUGCCCGGCACCACCGACAGACCGUGGAGAAGUUCGAGCAGCAGCAGGAAGCCGAACUUCGCAACACGUCCAAGAAAAUCCGGGCCGAGCAGGAGCGCGAGCUUAAGUUGUUCCGGGACGGUUUGAAGCAAGAGAUACGGCUGCUCAAGCAGGAAGUGGACCUGUUGCCGAAAGAGAAACGAAAAGACGAGUUCCGCAACCGGAAAACACAGAUGGAGUUCGAGCACGAGGAGCGCGAGAAGUCAUUUCUGUCGCGGCUGUCGGAAACUCAUGAAAUGGCGUUGCGCCGGAUCAGCGAAAUCUACCGGGAAAAGCUUUCGUCCACCGACAAGGGCCAUCUGCAGCAAAAGCAAACGGCGAUGAGGACACGCGAAGCAAUGCUGUGGGAGCUAGAGGAAAAGCACAUUCACGACAAACAUCAGCUAGCGAAACGGCACGUGAAAGACAUCUGCUUCAUGCAGCGCCAUCAGAUGAUAAUCCGGCACGAAAAGGAACUGGACCAGAUCAAGCGCAUGAUUACGCGUAAGGAGGAGGAACUGGUAAAGAGACAAACGAUCGAGAGGCGAGCCCUGCCAAAGAGAAUACGCGCUGAGCGGAAGGCACGCGACAUGAUGUUCCGCGAAUCGUUGCGCAUAUCGAUGACCACCGAUCCGGAGGUGGAGCGUGACAAGCUGAAAAAGUUUCAAGAGCAGGAGAAGAAACGGUAUACUCAAGAACAGUUGCGCUUCGAAACUAAGCAUAGCAAACAGCUUGAAGAGUUACGAGCUACCUCCGAGGGUUCCAUCAGAGAGUUGGAGCAGCUUCAGAAUGAGAAACGAAAGCAGCUACUAGAGCACGAAACGGCCAAACUGCGCGAGUGCGAUGAAGCGCUACAGAAAGACCUGCGCGAGUGGAAGGCACAGCUCAUGCCCCGGAAGCAGGCUGUCGAGCGCGAGCUGAACCGUAUGGUGGACGAGUACGAGGUGGCCUGGGGCGGCCCGGUGGAUCGGCGCGAAUUCGACGGUGACUUUAUCGUGCCGCCCGAGCUCCGCAAUCGCGCCAACUCGCUCAACACCCGGUCUCUGCGGCUGCUCAACAUUACCCGGUCCCGUACGUUCCUAACGCUUCCCAACGUGCCCAAUGGUAGUCGUAGUACCAUACACGGUUCUGUGCCGGAUCUGAGCCGCUCCGUACCGAACACGCCCAACUCGGGCCACAAGCUUUCACUGGCCUCGUCGUACGACUCGGUGCUGGAGGAGAACGAAAGCGAAAACUAUCCUCCCGGUGGGGCUGGCGGCGGUGGUGGUGCUAUUGGUGGUGGGGUCAUGCAUGGGGCUCACGGCAGCUACCAGUAUGCGGUCAAGUACGCGCACACCAACGACGAUGGUGUUGGCGGUGGUGUUCAUUUGCGGCGCAAGUCGGAAGACAUACUGUCCACCGGCAAGCGUACUCGCAUUCCGAUCAAAAGUUUUCUUCAUUCGACUGCCGGAAGUAGUAACUCGGCAUCGUCGGCGUCUUCGUACGGGCUUGCGGGACCACAGGGACGCAGUGGUGGCCCAUCCUCCUACUACAGCGGGUCGCAGAGCCGACUCACGGAACCGAAGGAUCGUGGUAUAGUUUCGAUUCGUCUGAAUUCGACGGCGGCGGCAUCGUCGUCAUCGUCGACCGUUGCGCCACCAUCGAGGAAACCGAUUAACAUUUUCGACGGCAUGACGAACCGCUCGAACAUCCCGCAGUACUAUACUGGAUCGGGCAUGGUCACGACGACGAUGCCCCGCAGUAGCGUUGGUUGGGGCCCCAGUCGGCUGGGCGAUAACACGUUCACCGCGUCCGAUGCGAACCUCAAUCACCGGUUGACCACGUUCAGCUCAGCCCGCGGAGGCCUUCCGUUGCCGGCGGCGGCUACCAUUGGGGGAUCCGCGCCCGGGCGUAAAUCUGGCCCGCCGGGUUUGAAGUUGUCUCCCUCGACACCGGUUUUACUGGCACCGAGCAAGGAUGAUGAUACGGUCGUUUAAAGGAGGCCGCCAUGGGAGCAUCCAUCCCCCUGUCCUUUCUCUCGCUUGCUCUACUCCUGUCUUCACUUCUUUCCUCGAAUCGCAUACACAUACACUAUCCCUCUAUCUAUCUACAUCGUGUAUCAAGCCUAAGGAUUCGAAAUGUACGCAAAACAAGCAACGCUUCGUCGGUCGAUGGACAUCCGAUGGCGGGUGGAGCUCACUGAUUGCCGCGCCACCAUAACCCAACUGAAACUCCAGCCUAAUGAUGACGCUACUAACACCGCGACCCAACACGUUACGUUACUAACACUGUGAAUACUAAAACGUACUGGCCAAAGAGGAGGACUAACGUGUGACAACGCAUGCAUGCGAGAGAGGAGGGAGCGAGUGACGACGACGACACUGCGGACAACAGGAAUACCUCUUUCGUGUGUCCACUAUCAAUUGCGCGCCAACACUACUCUAAGUAACAUCCUUCCUCGUGUCGCUGCCUCUCGACACACAAAGACGUUGCGCCAUGUAGCAGCCGAGACAGCUCGAACGAGCGCACCGCAUGUGGGCUGCUAGUCUCGUGCCGUUUUCUGUACCGCUUGAAGCGCCUGGAAGAAGCGUUCGCCCAGCAGGUGGAAGAGAUGGAACAACUGUACGGCAACAGUCUGGUACCGAUGCCGCCGCAGUCGCCGCAGGCGCACGACCACCUGCAUCUGCAGGUGGGCUCGACCCGGAGCAGCAUUUCU